AUGGGUUUCUGCGAAGACGGUCGCGGCUUUCGCUGCGACUGGGUGCAUUGUGACAAGGUCUUCGGUCGCAAGGCAGAUCUACGCAGGCAUUACCGAAUACACAUCAACGAGCGACCGUAUAAAUGCACCGUCAACAAUUGCCACAAGAGUUUCAUUCAGCGGAGCGCAUUGAUGGUUCAUUCGCGGAUCCAUACUGGGGAGAGGCCUCAUGUCUGUGACAACAGUGGUUGCCACAAAGCUUUUUCUGACUCAUCAAGUCUAGCCCGUCAUCGGAGGAUCCAUACAGGGAAACGACCCUAUAUUUGCCAGGAGUCAACCUGCAAACGAACGUUCUGCCGCAAGGCGAGUUUGACCAGACAUCAACAUCGGUUCCAUCCCCCAGAAACCGUGUCAUCUCUGCCCUCAAAGACCGGGGGCCUAAAAAUCCAGCAUCCUGUGCAAGUCGCAUUUUUCGAUACAACUAACCAAUAUCCUCCGAACCAAUUGGCACCAUACCGUCAUGAUCCACAACCAACUCCUGACUUUCAAGCCCAAAGUCUCCACGGAACGCCGGUGGCUGUACAAGAUCGAGGCCCGAUCGUUAGGCAGCCUUUACUGGUCACAUCACUGGUAGACAUACAGCGUGCUCAGCACCACUACAUGCGGCUUGUGCAGCUCUAUGAUCAUGGUUGUCAGAAUUUUCCGCUAGGAUUUCAGACCAUGAUAUAA